AUGGAGAAAAAUAUCCCUCUUUAUAGCAGCCGGUCUCCUUGGACUGGCUAUUAUCGUCAUCGUCAUCACCCUUCCUAUCGUUCUACGAAUCGACCUCAUCAUGACCAGUCAAGUUACUACCAAAUAAAGAACAAGCCGGUUCUCGCCCUUCAGGAUUUCCCCGAUCCGGGGCUGAUUCAUUUCAAUGGCACAUGGUUUGCCUAUGGUACCGAUGCGAGGGUAAACAAUACACGAGUUCCUCACGUUCCCGUCGCUACGUCUCGGGAUUUUGUCAAUUGGACUCUAGUACAGGGUUACGCUACGCUGCCUAUCCUGGCGCAUUGGGAGGCAGGAGUCAAUCAUUGGGCUCCAGACGUGAUCCAGAGAGGCGAUGGAUGCUUCGUGCUAUAUUACUCCGCAGGAUUGGAAGAUUGGAUGCCCCAUCACUGCGUAGGCGUUGCAGUCUCGAACGACACAAACCCACUGGGCCCUUACCACCUCGACCCUACCCCACUGGCCUGCCCAUGCGAAUUCGGCGGCGCCAUCGACCCGUCUCCCUUCCGAGACAUCAAUGGAAAAUUAUACGUCACCUACAAGGCCGACGGCAACAGUGUCGGACGCGGCGGCAACUGCGGUAAUGGCAAGAAACCACUCGUCUCGGUCCCGAUCAUGCUCCAGGAACUAGAAAGCGAUGGAGUCACACGAGUCGGUGAUCCCGGUGAAGAUUCUCGAUAUCACUAA